AUGAUUCGCUUGUGUACAACUCCAUUUUGGAAUAAUUCUAUAACAAAAGCACCAUAUCCUUAUUUAACUGAAUGCUUUCGUGAUACAGCUUUACAAUGGUUUCCAAUCGGAAUUUUUUGGUUAAUUUUACCAUUAUGGAUGUGGAUGUUACAUAAAAGAAAAAUUCAACCAAAACCAUUGCCUAUUUCAAGUUUAUUCAUUAUUAAAAUGGUUUUUACUAUUCUAUUUCUUCUUGUUCAAAUUGUUCGUAUUAUUUAUUAUACAUUACAAUUAGAUACAGAAAAAAGUCAAGCUAAUAUGAUAAGUCCUAUUUUAUAUACAAUAACAUUAUUAGUUAUUCUUUGGUUAAUGAAUUAUGAACGUCUUAAAGGUAUGUUUUGUUCGGGUUUACUUUUUGGCUUUUGGUUAUUAGUUUUUUUGACAAUAAUACCGGAUGUUAUCGAUUACUCAAUUGAAUAUCAACAACGAAAUAAAUCAAGACGUAUCUUAAACGAAGUUAUUCGUGUUUGGCUUCAUAUUAUUCUUGCAUUUGGCUCAUUUAUUUUACAUUGUUUAGCAGAAAAAUAUCAUUUUUCUAAAUUAGCUGCCGAUGAAAGGCCAAUUGUACCUGAAUUAUAUAAAAGUUUUCCAUCUCGUUUAACUUUCGGGUGGGUAACACCACUUAUUAUUCGUGGUUAUAAACAAUCAUUAACUGAAGAAGAUUGUUGGGAAUUGGAAAUAUCAGAACGAGCUGUUAAUGUUGUUCAUCGUGUACAAGCUUGUUUCGAAGGAAAAAUCAAUCAAGCAAAAGCCAUAGCUUAUGAACAGAGUAAAAUUUGGAAUAAAAAUUAUACUUCUAAUAGCAACAAAAUUCAAGAUGAAGAUCAAGAUUUACCAUCGAUUGAAAUAAAAGGGACACCAGCAAAAACUCGAAAACCAACUAUUUUUUGGCGUGCUCUCUUUGCAGCAUAUAAAGGCAAACUUAUUGCUGGUGGUUUGUUAAAACUUGUUCAUGAUCUUUUACAAUUUAGUGGACCGAUGAUUCUCAAAGAAGUUCUUACUUUUUUUAAUGAUCCAACAGCACCAACAUGGCUCGGGAUAUUUUAUGCUGUUCUACUUGGUGCAACUGUUCUUUGUCAAACAUUAUUUUUACAAGCUUAUUUUCAUCGACAAUAUAUUGUUGGUCUUCGAUUUCGUUCAGCUAUAACUGGACUUAUAUAUCGAAAAAGUUUAAAAUUAUCCAAUUCAGCAAAACAAGGAACAACAACAGGAGAAAUUGUUAAUUUAAUGUCAAUUGAUGCAUCACGUUUUGGUGAUAUAACUUCAUAUAUUCAUGUUUUAUGGUCUGGACCAUUUCAAAUUUGUCUUGCACUUGUAUUACUUUAUCGACAAAUGCAAUUAGCAAUUAUACCUGGUGUUCUUUUAUUAAUUCUUGUAAUUCCAUUUAAUUUAUUUUUACAACGAAUUAUAAAGAAAUUAGCAACAAAACAAAUGGUAUUAAAAGAUCAUCGAAUAAAAAUGAUGAAUGAAGUUCUUAAUGGAAUAAAAGUUUUAAAAUUAUAUGCAUGGGAAUUAGCAUUUAUUCGACGAUUAAAUGAUAUACGAGAAAAAGAACUUAGUUGUAUACGUCGAAAAGCUGUUCUAAAUGCAAUGUCAAGUGCAGUAUGGGCAUUUGCACCAAUUCUUGUAUGCAUUGCAACAUUUGCUACAUAUGUAUUAUCAUCAGAGAAUAAUAUUUUAACAGCUGAAAAAGCUUUUGUUUCAUUAGCAUUAUUUAAUUUACUUCGAUUUCCACUUGUGGUAUUUCCGACUGUUGUUAAUAGUAUUAUUGAAGCUAGGGUAUCAAAUAAACGUAUACAAAAAUUUUUAAACAAUGAAGAAAUUGAUGAAUAUGCUGUCAAUAGAACAUCUAUCGAUUCUGAUGGCAAUAUAAUAAAAAUUGAGAAUGGUUCAUUUCGAUGGUCAAAUUCAAUUGAUGAUACAAUUAUAUUAAAAAAUAUUAAUCUUAAAAUUCGUCAAGGUUCACUUGUUGCUCUUAUUGGAUCAGUUGGUUCAGGUAAAACAAGUAUAUUAUCAGUUUUACUUGGUGAAAUGAAUAAAAUUACUGGACAAGUUGAUGUUAAUGGAACAAUAGCUUAUGUACCACAAACAGCAUGGAUUUUAAAUGCAACACUUAAACAGAAUAUUUUAUUUGGAAAAGUUUUUAAUCAAAAAUUAUAUAAUCAAGUUAUUGAAGCAUGUGCAUUAAAACCUGAUUUUGAUAUAUUACCACAAAGAGAUGAAACAGAAAUUGGAGAAAAGGGUAUUAAUCUAUCCGGUGGACAAAGACAACGAGUUUCUUUAGCUCGAGCUUUAUAUAGUGAAGCAGAUAUUUAUCUACUUGAUGAUCCUUUAUCAGCUGUUGAUGCACAUGUUGGUGCUCAUAUAUUUAGAACGGCUAUUGGACCAAAUAGUUUACUAAAAACAAAAACUCGUCUUUUAGUAACACAUGGUGUAGCACAUUUACAUAAAUGUAAUGAAAUAGUUGUUGUUUCACGUGGUGAAAUUGUUGAUCAUGGACCAUAUGAUGAAUUAAUGAGUAAAAGUAAAAUUUUACGUGAUCUUGUAUAUGCAAUUGUUACGGAAGGAAAUGAACGAAGAGCAAGUGAUGCAGAUGCUAGAACUCCACCAACAUCUCCAAUUGAGAUCAGUGAAAAUAUCUUCAAAACAAUUGGAGAUAAAGCUCAAAAUGAAACAAUAAAAUCAGCAACAAUUGAAAUACCUUCAAAUGAAUUAAAAGAAAAAAAAGAUAAACUUAUUCAAAAAGAAACUGUUGAAACUGGUUCAGUUAAAUUAAAUGUAUUUCUUACGUAUAUUCAUGCAUGUACAAUGCCAAUGGUUUUAUUAAUAUUUAUUUUAUUUUCAUUAACAACACUUACAUCAUUAAGUACAAAUAUAUGGUUAUCAAGAUGGACAGAUCGAUCUAAAAAUGAAACAAUAUCAACUAAUGAUACAUCAUCAUCAUCAUCAAUGAGUAAAAUCCAUGGUUUAACAAUUUAUUCAAUAUUAGGUUUUUGUCAAGGCACUUAUAUGAUGUUUAAAACAAGUUUAAAUGCAUCACGUAAAUUAUUUAAUAGAUUUCUUCUUAAUUUAUUUCAAUUAUCAUUAUCAUUUUUUGAACAAACACCUAUUGGUCGAAUAAUAAAUCGUUUUACAAAUGAUUUUGAUAUCAUUGAUGACGUUAUAAUGUUUACAUUACGUUCAACGCUUAAUGCCAUACUUGGAUUUGUGGCUUUUUCUUUACAAUUUUUCGUUUAUUUUGCUGCUUAUGCUGCUAGUAGAAAAUUACAUUCUUCUAUAUUAUUUGGUGUAUUACGUGCACCAAUGGCUUUUUUUGAUACAACACCAAUCGGUAGAAUAAUCAAUCGCUUUGCUAAAGAUAUUGAUGCAAUUGAUUCAUCUUUACCUACUUCAUUUUCCUCAUCAUUUACUACAUUAGCACAUGUAUUAAUAACGAUUAUUAUACUUAUAUAUGGAUCAUGGCUUGCCAUUUGUGCAUUAAUACCGCUUGCUAUAGUUUUUUCUUUUAUUCAGCGUGUUUAUGUAGCAUCUUCAAGACAACUUCGACGUCUUGAUUCAAGUACACGUAGUCCUGUUUAUUCAAAUUUUGGAGAAACAAUUCAAGGACUUAGUUCAAUUAGAGCUUACAAUGUACAACAACGUUUUAUUGAUAUAUCAGAUCGAUUACUUGAUAGAAAUCAAUCAUGUUAUUUAGCUAGUUGUAUUACUAAUAGAUGGCUUGCAGUACGUUUAGAAGCAAUUGCCAAUGCAUUAACAUUAUGUACAGCUUUAUUUGCUGUUCUUAUGCGUUAUCGUCUUACAGCAGGUAUUGUUGGUUUAACAAUAACUUAUGCAAUGCAAAUAACUCAAACACUUAAUUGGCUUGUUCGUAUGGCAAGUGAUAUUGAAACAAAUAUUGUUAGUGUUGAACGUGUUAAUGAAUAUGCUGAAUUAAAACCAGAAGCUCCAUGGGAUAUACCAGAAAAGAAACCACCAAUUGAUUGGCCAACUACUGGAGAAAUUCAAAUUAAUAAAUUAUCAACAAAAUAUCGUGAAAAUUUAGAAUUAGUUCUUCAAGAUAUAACAGUUAAUAUUCAACCAGGAGAAAAAAUUGGUAUUAUUGGACGUACAGGUAGUGGAAAAAGUAGUUUUUGUAUUACAUUAUUUCGUAUAAUUGAACCAACAAAUGGUGAAAUAAUUGUUGAUAAUAUUGAUAUUCGUCAUAUUGGUUUACAUGAUCUUCGAUCAAAAAUAACUAUUAUUCCACAAGAUGCAGUUAUUUUUGCUGGAACAGUACGAUUUAAUGUUGAUCCAUUUGGUAAUUAUAGUGAUGCAGAAAUUUGGACAGCAUUAGAAUUAGUACAUUUAAAAGAACGUCUUAGAUCAAUGGAAAAUGGUCUUUCACAUUUAUUAACUGAAGGUGGAGAAAAUUUAAGUGCUGGUGAAAGACAAUUAUUAUGUAUGGCAAGAGCUUUAGUACGAAAGAGUAAAAUUUUUGUACUUGAUGAAGCAACAGCUGCUAUUGAUAUGGAAACUGAUCGAUUAAUACAAAUGACAAUUCGAUCAGCUUUUAAAAAUGCAACAGUAAUAACUAUUGCACAUCGACUUCAUACAAUUUUAGAUAGUACAAAAAUUCUUGUUUUAUCUAAUGGUCGUUUACAAGAAUAUGAUGAACCAAAACGUUUAGCAGCAAAUCCAGAAUCUGCUUUUGCUAAAUUAUUACGUGAUGCACGUAUCAAUUUAUUUACUGUGAAUCCAAACUUAGAAAAAAACUGA